UAAUAAUAUAGGUAACCUUCAUAACGCCAAAUUUCGUUGAGUCCUGGUGUGAGAGAGGAAGAAGUUUUUUUUGGUUAUCAGACGAAGAAGAUUGUAAAAAUUCUGAAUCCGAAAUGACAGACAAAAUUUGGGAUCAAUCACCAUUAACCCCCGCUUGUGCUCGGGCUCUUAAUGACAAGAUUUAUGAAAAGAGGAAGGCUGCUGCUCUAGAAAUAGAAAGAGUUGUAAAGGAAUUUGCUCAAACUGGGGCAACACAGCAAAUAAUGAAACUGGUGAAUGUUCUAAGCCGUGAUUUUGCCCUGUCUUCUAAUCCUCAUGCCAGAAAAGGGGGAUUAAUUGGAUUAGCUGCAACUGCCAUUGGGCUUGGCAAGGAAGUUCCGUUAUUUUUACCUCAGCUAAUCAACCCUGUCUUAACAUGUCUGUCAGAUCAGGACAGUAAGAAUAGAUACUAUGCAUGCGAAGCAUUGUACAACAUCGUGAAGGUUGCAAGAGGAGCUGUGUUACAACAUUUCAACAGUGUUUUUUGUGAACUUACAAAUUUGGCAUCUGAUCCAGAUUUGAAUGUCAAAAAUGGAUCAGAGUUAUUGGAUAGGUUAAUGAAGGAUAUAGUAACAGAAAGUAAUGCAUUUGAUGUAAUUGGGUUUAUACCAGAAUUGAGGGAUCGAAUUCAUGCUACAAACUCCUUUACUAGACAGUUCUUGAUAUCAUGGGUCACUACACUAGAUUCUGUGCCAGACAUCAAUAUGCUGGAGUUUCUGCAAGAGAUACUGGAUGGCAUGUUCCUGAUGCUGGGAGAUCAAAACAAAGAAAUUCGAAAAAUGUGUGAAUACCAGCUUGAUGCCUUCUUACAAGAGAUUAAAAGGUCCCCAAGUGGUGUAGACUUUUCAUCUAUGGUCAACAUUCUCACAUUCCAUAGUCAGUCAUCAGUUGAGUUGAUCCAAUUGACUGCCAUCACAUGGCUUCGUGAUUUUGUUAAUAUUGCUGGUCGUUCAAUGUUGUUCUUUGCGUCAAGUCUCCUAACGGCUGUCCUGCCCUGCCUCGCUACCGAGGGACGAGAUAGUGUUAAAGAGGUUGCCAAGUCCGUCAACCAGAACCUGAUGAGAUUAGUGACAACGGAAGAUGACAAAGAUGAAGAGAAUAGCAAAGAUGAGAAGAAAGACAAAGUGGAUCUCAAAGAGGAGAAGAGUGAACAAAACAAUGAAGGAGAACCAGUUGAAAAGGAAAAAGAAAUGAAUUCCAUUAAACUGUCAAGUUCAUUGCCACCAAAUUUGAGGCUAGAAAUUGCACCAGUAGUUGAAGUUCUUCUCAAGCACUUACAACAUUCCCCAAUGCAAACCAAGAUUGCUGUACUCAGGUGGAUCUACCAUCUUCAUUUGAAAACACCAAGAAAGAUUUUUCAGCAUGUAAAGGAGAUAUUUCCUGUGCUACUAAACACAUUAUCAGAUGUAUCAGAUGAAGUUGUGCUGCUUGAUCUGGAGGUGCUGUCUGAGGUGGCAUCCUCACCAGCAGGGCCUCAAUCUGAGGAGGGGCUCCAGUACCGGCCUGUGCCGGGUACCAAUAUCUACUUUACAAAGUUUAUGAUCAGUUUGCUGGAUCUCUUCUGUAAAGACUCUCAACUCUUAGAAGAUAGAGGAUUUUUUAUCAUAAGGCAAUUAUGUUUAUUGUUGAAAUUAGAAGAUGUUUAUCGGACACUGUCGGAAAUUUUGUUGCACAAAGAAGAUUUGAAAUUUGCUACAAACAUGGUGCAGACGCUGAACACAAUACUUCUCACCUCCACUGAAUUAUUUGAAUUGAGAAACCAGUUGAAGGACUUGAAGACAAAGGAAAUCUGCUCAUUAUUUUGUUGCUUAUACAAAACGUGGUGCCACAAUCCUGUUGCUACUGUGUCUCUGUGUUUCCUGACCCAAAACUACAAACAUGCCUGUGAUAUCAUCUUUCACUUUGGUGAGUUGGAGGUGACAGUGGAUUUCUUAACUGAGAUAGAUAAACUGAUUCAGCUUUUAGAAUCUCCUAUUUUUACCUAUCUGAGGCUACAACUCUUAGAUGGGGAACAUAACCAAUACUUAAUGAAGAGUUUGUAUGGACUUCUGAUGCUGCUUCCACAGAGCACAGCGUUUAGUGUGCUCCGACACCGGUUGGACUGCAUUCCAAGCAGGGACUGUUUACCCAGUGACAAUAACAAAAAGGUGCGUAAUUACCCGGAGAAGAAGGUGAACUACAGACAGUCGAUUGAUUUUGACGAGCUUCUACAACAUUUCAAAAUAAUUCGUGAAAAGCACUCUCUAGCAAAACAAACAGGAAGCAAAUCCUUAUCCCAGAAAAUGAAGAAUGCUCACAUAUAGGACAGUUGACAUAGUUCAAAGGUUAACAAUAUAUUAUCUUGCUGAGGUCAUGGAGUGCAAAAAAGUUAAAAGUAUUGUAUCUGGUCUGGCAGAGGUCAUGUUGUGUAUAUGUUAAAAGUAUGCAAUCUGUGAGUGAGUUUAUGGAGUGCAAAGUUUAAAAGGUAUACAAUCUGGCUGAAGUUUUAAAGUGCAAAAGGUUAAAUGUACACUGUGGCUCAUGUCAUGGAGUGCAAGGGUAUGUUUUAAUCUAAGUGUUUGAUUCUAAUUGUAUAGUGGGUGUGUGUGGGUGGGUGUGUUUUGUUUUGGGUGUGGGGGGAGGGGUGGUUUGGUUGGGUGUUUUCUUUUGUUUUUUUUUUGUGACUUAAUCCAGUCUGCCUCUCAGUGCCAAUUUUAUUGUGUGUGCUUCGAUUCUAUUCUUGAUUUUUAUACCACUCAUUAGAGCAAGUGUUUUGAUGGUAUCGUGUUUGACGACAAAACAUUUGGUAUCAGAGGCUUCAUUUCUCACAUUAUUUUUCUGUAAUCAGUGGUAUAUUGAGGAGAAAGUUUGGGAAACUAAAAUACAAACUUUAAGCAGAGUGUGCUUACUGUAUCAUUGAUGCUCUCGUUUUAAUAAUAAAUUUGUUUAUAUGAAAACAAAAUAAACAAGAUAAUCUGAGAUUACAAACCCUCACCCUGUUGCGCCAUGUUUAUGUACUGAUAAAAAAAAUAGUGGCCUGCAGUCGAUCCGCUCCAUUUGCCAAACGAAGCCUAGCAUUAUAGGCCUCGAGUGGCAAGCCCAUCAAUCAGACGAGUUUGCACGCUGUCCGGACUGCUUCUAGUUCGCCGGCCAGAAUUUGACAUUCUCAAUCGAAGUUUCCCUAAUAUGAGCUGCCUAGUUUGUGUAACUACUGAACUACAUUAGACAACUGUGGAAGUCUUGUAUUCCAGUCCCAAAAUUGUCAGUAUGUGUAGUAUGUGUGUUUAAGUACUCUACAGAAUUUACAGUAACAUUUUUUUAAUUAGCUUUCCCAAAAAAUCGAACCUCCGGGGAGGCUAUUGUUCUUGCCUAUGUUCUUCUUCAUGCUGUUGUCGUUGUCAUCGUCGUCGUUGUUGGGUAAAUUGUUUGUUAACACGAUAACUAAAGUUUGGUA